AUGAGGCGUGGCAACGCUCAUGCCAACAGCUCGGUAGCGUUGCUUGUGGGGCUGGCCGCAUUCAAUCCCAGCCCGCUCCUGCUGCGUGCAGUCGCGCAUUGGAGCCGCAAGAGGGGCUGCGUGGCGCCCGGGCUCCGAAUCUCGCUCGACUCUCGACGAACCAUGCUGAGCUUGGAUGAGGAUGGCCAUGGCGAGCACUUUGCUGGUGGCGAGACAGGCCAUCCUUGCGUCAACCCGAAGCGAUUUGCACGCAACGCGAGCGAUCCAGUUGCGGGGACUUGGACGAGAAGCGAGGCGCGUGCACGGGACCUUAGGCAACCUUUGGUGGUUUCCCCUUUCAACGCCGCAGCAGGCCCUUUUCAACCGAGCCAGCGCGCCAAGGACCCCAUCGGCCUGUCAUUCGUGGAGCCGAAUCAGAUGACAGCCGCUUGCACAGAUGAGGCAAGACGAGCCGAAUCUCGCGAGCGUGGCAGGAUGCGGUCUCCGUCGGCUGGUGCUGAAACGGCGUCUUGGAGAGCAGACGCGGCCGACUCGUCCGUGCCGCCUCGCCUCGCAAGGCCCUGGCGAGGUAUGGAGGUUCGGCUCGCUCGCGCUGCUCUUGUCUUGUCACACGCUAAACGCAGCAGAGUGACGGCAUCCGACACAAAUUGCGAGCCCAAGGCUGCAGCCACGGCCCGAAAAGCCUGGUCCGCUUCAUCUCGACGAUCCAUCAAGAGCGCCUAG